AUGAUGUAUAUCCUGGGACUUAGCAUUGUGCCUGAGUUGGGUUUGAUUUUGCAGGGAUCACUGACAUUUGGGGAUGUUGCUCUGACCUUUACCCAGUUUGAAUGGAAACACCUGGAUACCACUCAGCAGACCCUGUAUAGGGAUGUGAUGCUGGAAAACUAUGGGAAUUUGGUGUCUGUGGGCCUUCUCUCUUCCAAACCCAAACUUAUCACCCAGCUGAAGCAAGGGGCAGAGCCAUGGAUGGAAGUACAACAGAUUCCAUCAAAUACUUGUUCUGUCCAGAAGUACUGCUUUGAAACAAAGAUGUCCACCCUAACAACAUCUGAAGGAUCUGAACUGGGAGAGCAAACAAGAAGUGAUGUGAUGGAAAGAGGCCUGGACUGGGAGGGCAGAAUUUCCACAGAGAAGGCACAUUAUAAUGAGGAAUGUGGGAAAGUCUUCAAAUAUAAUUCCUCCCUUAUUAGCCACCGGAGAAAUCAUACUGGUGAGAAACCCCAUAAAUGUAAUGAAUGUGGGAUCGCCUUUAUGAGCAGUUCUUCUCUUUUAAAUCAUUAUAAAAUUCACACAGACAAGCAGCCUUAUAGAUGUAUUGAAUGUGGGAAAUUUCUUAAGAAGCACUCAACAUUUGUUAAUCAUCAGAAAAUUCCUUCUAGAGAGAAACCUCAUAAAUGUAAUGAAUGUGGAAAAGCUUUUGGAAAGAACUCUAUCCUUUUACGUCAUUAGAGAAUUCAUACUGGUCAGAAACCCUACAAAUGUAAUGACUGUGGGAAAGCCUUUGCUCAGAAUGUAGCUCUCACUUGUCAUGAGAGAAUACAUAGCGGAGAGAAGCCUUUUAAAUGUAAUGUAUGUGGGAGAGCUUUUAGGGAUAACUCAACUGUGUUGGAACAUCUGAAAAUCCAUACUGGUGAAAAACCAUAUCAGUGUAAUGAAUGUGGAAAAACCUUUAGGAAGAGCUCCACUCUUGUUAGUCAUCAAAGAAUGCAAGGAGAGAAACCCUAUCACUGCAGUAAAUGUGGAAAAUCUUUUAGGUAUAGCUUAUCCUUUGCUGGACAUCAGAAAACUCAUAGUGGAAAUAAACCCUAUCAAUGUAAUGACUGUGGGAAAGUCUUUACGAAGAGCUCAACCCUUAUUGGACACCAGAGAAUUCAUACUGGAGAAAAGCCCUAUUAUGGUAAGAAAUGUGGGAAAUCCUUUAGGCAUAGCUCUGGCCUUGUUGAACACCAGAGAAUCCAUACUGGAGAAAAACCUUACGAAUGUAAUGUAUGUGGGAAGGCUUUUCCCCAGAGUUCAGCCCUUAAACAACAUAAGAAAAUGCAUAACAAAGAAAAAACCAUCAAAUGUAGUUAG